AUAUUCCAGUAAGCAAUGCUGAAUCCGUUAAUGUUGAUUGAUCACCUGUUCUCUCUAAUUUGUGCUCUCUUCGCUACGCUUAUCUAUUAGUUUUUCACGUGAUAACCCUAAAUUGCGCUCUCAGGUAAAACUUGUUAAUUGUUAUUUGGUUUGUGUGGGGUAAUAACUUUUCUCUUAUGUCAGUCGUUUAAAUGUUUUCUCAUAUUAAAUUGUGUUACCUAUUUGGCUGCGACUUAAAUAAAUGAUAAACAGAAGUGAAUUUCAUAUACGAACCGAUGUUUUGAUCUAUGGUUAUAAAUAGUUGAUUGCUAGCAAAAUGCAAAUACGAGUACGGAAACAAUUUUUCCCCCGGCGCCUUGGUGAUAUAUUCUGUUUUCUAUUGAUUACAGUCUUUUUCCCAAUAGUUGCAGUUUUCGAUGUUGUUGUUGUUGUGCCGGCUAUUCACACGCCGGGUGAAUUUAUGCAUAGCUUGAUAUUUACAAUAGCUAUGUUUUUGAUUUUCAAUAUCCAGGGAAAUAUGCUUGCUGCGAUGAUGGUGGACACCAGCAUUGAUGCCUUAGAUCCUAGUUUAGCAGUUCCAGGAAAUGCUUGCACCAAGGGGUGGUUUAAUUGUGUGCACUGUAUGAAGCUGGCACCACCGAGAUCACAUCAUUGCAAAGUUUGCAGGAAAUGCAUUCUAAAAUGUGAUCAUCACUGUGUCUUCACUGGCUGUUGCAUUGGACACUACAACGUCCGCUACUUUGCCCUGUUUCUUGUCUACAUGUUUUUUGGCUCGCUGCUCUCUUUUCUCUAUCUCAGCUUUUACCUAUUUUGGAUUCAUGCUAAUACUUUUCGUCACAUACUGAGCCUUUAUAAAAUGCUGUGUCCGGUGCUCAUGUUGGUAUCUGGUAGUAGAUUGGAUAAUUUUUCACUUGUAUUCUACAAUUUGAAUAUCAUUGCAUUGGUCAUAUCUUCCAUAUUGAUGGUCUAUCAUGGAAUACCGCUGAUUAAGGGAGGCACUUCGUAUGAAAGGCGAUGCAACUAUCCCUACAGGAAGGAUUUGCGCAGCAAUUUGUGUGCUAUUUUUGGUAAACGCAUGUAUUUGGUGUGGAUUUCACCAUUCAUAAGUAGUGAAUUGUUGGAUGAUGGCGUCAAUUGGGAAGAGUCGUCAGAGAAUGCGCCAUUAUUGGGGGAUGCAAAAAUAAAAUAUAUGUAAAUAGAAAAUAGAAGGCAAUCCCGUUAAAAGUUUAGGUUGAGGAGUAAUGGUUAAAUUUGUGUAAUUAAAAUAAAUUAAGGUAGCUAUUAAAUAAA